CCAGACGUGUUUUUUGUUUUACGAAAGGUGUGAAGCAACACAAAUGGCCACCCAACCUGUUGGUUUUACUUAUUCCCUGCUUUCCCAACCGUGUUUCCUGAAGGCACCUUUGCUCACGUAACUGAUGAUUAUCUUGGUACAAUUUCUUGUUUUUUAAAGGGAUCCCAAAUUAUUAAAACGGCCAGAAAAAAGGCAAGAAAGUGCCAGUCCUGAUGUGUGUAGUAGGCACACCUUGUGCAAAGGGAGGCUGGGGCGGGGAAGAGGAAGCCGGGAACGCCCUGGGCUCACCUGGGAGAGAGAUCGAGUGACGGAACUUACCUGGAACAGAGCUCACCUGGCAUAGAGUUCAAUUGACAGCUUACCUGGGACAGAGCUCACAUACAGAGCUCACAUACAGAGAGAUAGAGCUCAAUUGAAGAAGCUCGCCUGGAGCAGAGUUCACCUGAGAUAGAGCUCACCUGGGCUACAGCUCACCUGGGACAGAGCUCAAUUGAAGGAUCUCACCUGGGCUACAGCUCACCUGUGAUAGAGCUCACCUGGGACAGAGCUUACCUGGAACAGAGCUCACCUGGGCUACAGCUCACCUGAGAUAGAGCUCAAUUGAAGAAGCUCGCCUGGAACAGAGCUCAUCUGUGAUAGAGCACAAUUGGCAGAGCUUACCUGGGACAGAGCUCACAUGCAGAGCUCACCUGAGAAUAGCUCAAUUGAAGGAGCUCACCUGGGACAGAGCUCACCUGGGACAGAUCUCACCUGAGAUAGAGCUCAAUUGGCAGAGCACACCUGACAUAGAGCUCAAUUGAAGGAUCUCACCUGAAACAGAGAUUACCUGUGAUAGAGCUCACCUGGGACAAAGCUCACCUGGGACAGAGCUCACCUGUGAUAGAGCUCAAUUGAAGGAGCUCAACUGGAAAAGCUCGCCUGUGAUAGAGCUCAUCUGGGCUACAGCUCACCUGGGACAGAGCUCACCUGAGCUCAACUGACACCUCACCUGGGAUAGCUCACCUAUCAGAACUCACCUGAGAUAGAGCUCAGUUGACGGAUCACUUGGGAUAGAGUUCACAUACAGAGCUCACCUGAGAUAGAGCUCGAUUGAUGGCUCACCUGGGAUAGCUCACCUGAGAUAAGCUCAAUUGACGGCUCACUUGGGAUAGAGCUCACAUACAGAACUCACCUGGGAUAGAGCUCAAUUGAACGAGCUUACCUGGGACAAAGCUCACCUGUGAUAGAGCUCAAUUGAUAGCUCACCUGAGAUAGAGCUCAAUUGAAUCAGCUCACCUGGGACAGACCUCACCUGGGAUAGAGCUCGAUUGAACGAGCUUACCUGGGACGGAGCUCAAUUGACGGAGCUCACCUGAGAUAGAGUUUAAUUGACAGCUUACCUGAGACAGAGCUCACCUGGGACAGAGCUCAAUUGACAGCUUACCUGGAACAGAAAUCCCAUACAGAGCUCACCUGGGAUAGAGCUCAAUUGAACGAGCUUACCUGGGACGGAGCUCAAUUGACGGAGUUCACCUGAGAUAGAAUUUAAUUGACAGCUUACCUGAGACAGAGCUCACCUGAGACAGAGCUCAUUUGAUAGCUUACCUGGGCUACAGGAUGAAGCUCAGUUGACGGAGCUUACCUGUGAUGGGACUCGCCUGAGACAGAGCUCAGUUGACAGCUUACCUGGAACUCAGGUGAGCUUCACCUGGGCCAGGUGAGCCUUACAGGAAUGGGCUGGCUACACCUGGGGGCCUCUUGGCGCUACGUCCUGCUGCUGGGGGCCUACCUGUUGUACCUGCUGUUGGGGGCGGGGGUCUUCUCGGCGCUGGAGGCCCCCCCGGAGAGAGCGCUCCUGGCCCACCUGCGGGAAGCGUACCUGCACCUGUUGUCUCAGCACCGGGAGUGCCUGUCGGAGGAGCAGCUGGCCCCGCUGGUGGAGCAGCUCCUGGAGGCCGGCGGGUUCGGGGUCUCCGGCCUGGGCAACGUCUCCGGGGACCCCAACUGGGACUUCACCUCCGCCCUCUUCUUCACCGCCAGCGUCCUCACCACCACAGGCUACGGCCACACGGUGCCCCUCUCCGCCUGGGGCAAGAUCUUCUGCAUCCUCUACUCCUUGCUGGGCAUCCCCUUCACCCUGCUCUUCCUGGCCGUCUUGCUCCGGUAUUUGCUGCCCGUCGUGAGUGACCGUCCGGUGCAAUGCGUCCACCGCCGGUGGGGCCUUCCGGUGGCCCACGUGGCUCUGGCCCACGCCAUGGCCCUGGGGGCGCUGACCGCGGGGCUCUUCGUGCUCGUCCCGGCCGUCUGCUUCUGGGCCUUGGAGGGCGGCUGGACCUUCCUGGAGUCGGUCUACUUCUGCUUCAUCUCGCUCAGCACCAUCGGCCUCGGGGACUUCGUGCCACGAGGCAGCGCACAGUGGCCUUGGCACGAGCUCUAUGAGCUCAGCAUCACCGUUUACCUACUGGUGGGCUUGCUGGCCGUGCUGGUGGCACUGGAGACGGCACACCGGCUGCAGGAAGUCCGGGCGCUGGUCCGGUUCUUCGCACCCGACUCCGGUUCUUCUUUUCCGGAAGACGACGACCGCCGCGAAAUCCUGAGCCGGGAUCAACUGGCCUUGAGCACCGUGUCUGGAAGCACGUAAUCCGAAUCAACGAAGAUUCGUAAUUGUUCUGUCCCGACGGGCAACAUUUCGAGGCUCGUUUCUCCAUUAUUUUAAUGGUUAUCAGGAUGAAACUUGGCACAAUUGUAGGCAACGUCCACGACUUUAAGACUGCCAAGUUUCAGAAUUUUUUGGCAAUCUACUGAUUUUUAGGAAUUUUUUGAGCCGGGACCAACUGGCCUUGAGCACCGUGUCCGGAAGCACCUAAUCCGAAUCACCAAAACUUCAUAAUUGUUCUGUCCCGACCGGCAACAUUUCAAAGCUCAUUUUUCCAUCAUUUUUAUGGCUAUCAGGAUGAAACUGGUCACACUUGUAGGCAACGUCCACGACUUUAAGCCUGCAAAGUUUCAGAAUUUUUUGGCAAUCUACUGAUUUUUAGGAAUUUUUUGAAGUUUUUUUUCCAAUUAAAAAUUACAGCUUGACCCGCUCCGAAACAACACAUCUAAGGCCUUGAGCACCGUGUCCGGAAGCAUGUAAUCCAAAUCACCGAAACUUCGUAAUUGUUCCGUCCCAACGGGCAACAUUUCGAGGCUCGUUUCUCCAUCAUAUUUAUGGCUAUCGGGAUGAAACUCGUCACACUUGUAGGCAACAUUGAGGACUUUAAUCCUGCCAAGUUUCAGAAUGUUUUGGUCAUUUACUGAUUUUUAGGAAUUUUUCGAAGUUUGUUUUUCAACUAAAAAAUUACAGUUCAAGUCCCGAUUGGUUCCGUUUGCAGCAACGGGGAACAUUUCGAGGCUCGUUUCUCCAUCAUUUUUAUUGCUAUCGGGAUGAAACUUGUCACACUUGUAGGCAACAUCGAUGAAUGUAAGCCUGCUAAGUUUCAGGGUGUUUGGGUAAUCUACUGAUUUUUAGGAAUUUUUCAAAGUUUGUUUUUCAAUUAAAAAAUUACAGUUUGAGUCCUGAUUGGUUCCAUUUGCAGCAAUGGGAAACAUUUCGAGGCUCGUUUCUCCAUCAUUUUUAUGGCUAUCAGGAUGAAACUUGUCACACUUGUAGGCAACGUCGACGACCUUCAGCCUGCUAAGUUUCAGAAUUUUUGGUUAAUCUACUGAUUUUUAGCAAUUUUUUGAAGUUUGUUUUUCAAUUUAAAAAUUACAGUUCGAGGCCCGAUUGGUUCCAUUUGCAGCAAUAGGGAAUAUUUCGAGGCUCGUUUCUCCAUCAUUUUUACGGCUGUCAGGAUGAAACUUGGCAUACUUGUAGGCAACGUCAACGACUUUAAACCUGCUAAGUUUCAGAGUGUUUGGAUAAUCUACUGAUUUUUAGGAGUUUUUUGAAAUUCUUUUUUCAACUAAAAAUUUACAGUGCGAGUCCCGAUUGGUUCCGUUUGCAGCAACGGGGAACAUUUCGAGGCUCGUUUCUCCAUCAUAUUUAUGGCUAUCAGGAUGAAACUUGUCACACUUGUAGGCAACAUUAACGACUUUAAUCCUGCUAAGUUUCAGAAUUUUUGGGUAAUCUACUGAUUUUUAGGAAUUUUUUGAAGUUUGUUUUUCAAUUAAAAAAUUACAGCUUGAAAGACUCCGAAACAACACAUCUAAGGCUUCCGUUUUGUUUAGUAAUGUUUUAGAGGGAUUAGUAAUUCAAAGAUUAGUAAUUCAGAGAUUUGUAUUUACAAAUCGUACAAAUCUCCGAAUUACAAAACUGACCUCUGACGCUAAUAUCACCUUUUCCCAUUUGAAUAUAGAAUCCUAGAGUUGGAAGAGGCCCCUUAAGGCCAUCCAGUCCAUCCCCAUUCUUUCGGGCAGGGAGACACAACCAAAACGGUCCUGACAGAUGGCCAUCAAAGGCUGAGAGAAGUUACAUAGUUAGUUAUAUAAAUUAUAUCGCCUUCAAGUCAUUUCCUAUCACAAUUUUUUUCCGGGGCUGAGAGUGUGUCACCCAUUGGGUUUCAUGCCCGAGUCGAAAUUCGAAUCCGGGUCUCCGGAGCCAUAACCCAACAUUCAGGUUGCUAUAUCCUGCUGACUUCUAUGCAAACCAUUUCCUCGUCCUUUUGGCAAUGUGUCGAGGGUUAUUUGUUUUUCUGAGCAAGAGUUCUUACUCAAUGAUCCCUGUGUUUGCCUUUGGGGAGGGCUGUGUUGACAUUAAUCGAGUCAAUUGGGAACAUUGCAAAGCUCAUUUCUCCGUUAUCACUACAGUUAUCAGGAUGAAACUUGGCACACUUGUCGGCAACAUCGAUAACGUUACGCCUGCCAAGUUUCAGAACGUUUCGGUCAUCCAGUGAUUUUUAGGAAAUUUUUAAAGACCCGGAGGGGUAAUUGGUUCCGUUAGGGGCAGUGGGGGAAAAUUGGAGGCUCGUUUCUGUUGUGUUCCUGUUGUUGUUUCUUAAAAAUCUGCCAUUUGUAAGGCUACUGGGAUGAAACUUGACACACUUGUCGGCAACACUUUACACCUACACAAUUCACUUCAACAGGAACACUCUACACGCUGUCUUGCACAAAAGAGACCCCAUCAAUCCUCACAGGAAACAGGUCUCGGUAGUAGGUGAGUCCCUCCUCAGAGGAACGGAAACCAUCGUUUCCAGACCGGGUGGGAUGACUCGAGAAAUGUGCUGCAUCCCAGGGGCAAAAAUACACCACAUCACUCAGAGGCUCAUCAGGUUCCUAAAACCCCAUCACCCUCCCCUCUUAUGUUGAUUCAUGUAGGAACCAAUGAUACCACUAGGCGUACUUUUCAUAAGAUCAGAAACCAUUUUCGAGCUCUCGGAACAAAGUUAAAACUGUGUAAUGUACAUGUGAUUUUUUCAUCCCUCCUCCCUGUUAUAGAACACGGCUCUACGAGGGCCAGAAAAAUAGUACAGGUCAAUUAACUGGCUCAGAAAAUGGUGUCAGGAGGAGCGUUUUGGCUUCCUCGACCAUGGCCACUCUUCCAGGAGGAUGGCCUACUGGCAAGGGAUGGGGUGCAUCUCAGACAAGUAGGAAAACACCUAAAUGGACCAAGUAUUAGGAGCACAAUAAUCCCAAAUAAACAGCUCGGGGGAAGGUCACAUUGGCUUACAUGUCUUUACACUAAUGCACAGAGCCUGGGAAAUGAGCGAGACGAACUCCAACUUUUAGCACAACACAACAUGUACGAUGUCAAAGGCAUAACUGAAACCUUGUGAGAUAAACAAGACGAACUCCAACUUUUAGCACAACACAACACGUACGAUGUCAUAGGCGUCACUGAAAUCUGAUGGGAUAAGCAAGACGAACUUCCAACUUUUAGCACAACACAACAUGUACGAUGUCAAAGGCAUAAAUGAAACCUGGUGGGAUAAGCAAGACGGACUCCAACUUUUAGCACAACACAACAUGUACGAUGUCAUAGGCGUCACUGAAACCUGGUGAGAUAAGCAAUAGGCAUGUCCGAUCGAUGAAAAAAAUGUUUCAAUUCUCGUUUCUAAAGUAGAGGGUGCCGGCGCUUCAAUAUAGAAAGUAUUUCCGAUAUUUUCACCCAAAAAUUUCAGAUAUUUCCGAAAAUUCAUAAUGAUUCUCAAUGUUUCUAAAAUGGUGGACGCACAUGCGCAAUCGCUACACACCAGGCUUGUAUGCCAAUCUUCCAUGUGGACGCAGAGGACGUUAGCCCCCACCUUUGCCUCCAUCGUGGAAGCUUCUGAUUGGCUGGGGAGCGGAAGCCAUAUUAGGCUGUGCUAAGCUCCCAUUCAAGGUAGGUUGCAGAAACAAAAAAAUAUUUUUAAAAAUAUAUUUUAAAAAAAAUUUGGGGGGAAAAAAUUAAUGAAACAUUAAGAGACAAUUAGAGAAUGGGCCAACAAUGGUUCGAAUUACAUUGCUGGUUGUGCUGUGAGACAAUGUCUCGGAAUGCGUAUCAAAAAGCGAGAACAAUCCGAAAUAAUUCCGAUUUACGAUUCAAAACGAUUUUUUGGACAUGUCUAAUAAGCAAGACAAACUCCAACUUUUAGCACAACACAACACGUACGAUGUGAAAGGCGUCACUGAAACCUUGUGAGAUAAACAAGACGAACCCAACUUUUAGCACGACACAACGUUGCCAAAUUUGGUGACAAACUUCCAUCCCAUCCGCUCAACUUUCCCAUCCGAGUUCCGUAUUUUUCCUCCACACACCAACUUUUCAGGUAUUUAUUUCAAACUCCGGUACAAAUUUAGUGCAAAUCGCCAGGGAAAAGGGGGUUUGGGGUAUUGGAGGAAACGGUGAAAACUUAGGAAUAAAAUAUUGGCUGUUGUUAAGAGGAUUCAAGGCACUUUGAACCAGGAGCAGACACAAAAAUGGGGCACAAAAAAUAGAAGAAACCCUUGAAAAUAUUGGGGAAAUAAGGUCGGAGAAGGGCGGCACCCGUUUCCGUGAACUCGAAAUUUUUCCAACCAUAGCAAUAAAAGCAUGCAUGCACACAAACACACACAAUAAAUACACUCCUAUAAUUUGGAGAGAGGCGGAAAAAAGGGGACGGAAUUGAGGUUUCUAUCUGAACAAGCAGAAUUCAAGGGCACUGCCCUUUAAAACGACAUAUAAGGAAAAUAAAAGAAUCCAUCUCGCUCUCUCCUGGGUGACUCUGUCCGAGUAUCUGUAUCUGUUCUACGGGAUUAUUUUAUUAUUAUAUAAGGAAAAUGAAAAUGAAAGAAUCCAUCUCGCUCUUUCCUAUGUGACUCUGUUCAAGUGUCUGUAUCUGUUCUACGGGAUUAUUUUAUUAUUAUAUCUCUGUUCUACGGGAAUAUUGGAUGACUCUGUUUUAUUAUUAUAUAACGAAAAUGAAAUAAUCCAUCUCGCUCUUUCCUAUGUGACUCUGUCCGAGUAUCUGUAUCUGUUCUACGGGAUUAUUUUAUUAUUAUAUAAGGAAAAUGAAAAUGAAAGAAUCCAUCUCACUCUUUCCUAUGUGACUCUGUUCAAGUGUCUGUAUCUAUUCUACGGGAUUAUUUUAUUAUUAUAUCUCUGUUCUACGGGAAUAUUGGAUGACUCUGUUUUAUUAUUAUAUAACGAAAAUGAAAUAAUUCAUCUCGCUCUUUCCUAUGUGACUCUGUCCGAGUAUCUGUAUCAGUUCUACGGGAAUAUUUGCUGACUCUGAUUGUUUUGUUAUUAUAUAAGGAAAAUGAAAGAAUCCAUCUCGCUCUCCCCUAUGUGACUCUGUCCGAGUAUCUGUAUCUGUUCUACGGGAUUAUUUUAUUAUUAUAUAAGGAAAAUUAAAGAAUCCAUCUCGCUCUUUCCUAUGUGACUCUGCCCAAGUAUCUGUAUCUGUUCUAUGGGAUUAUUUUAUUAUUACAUAAGGAAAAUGAAAUAAUUCAUCUCACUCUUUCCUGUGUGACUCUGUCCGAGUACCUGUAUCUGUUCUACGGGAAUAUUUGCUGACUCUACUUGUUUUAUUAUUAUAUAAAGAAAAUGAAAGAAUCCAUCUCGCUCUCUCUUGUGUGACUCUGUCCGAGUAUCUGUAUCUGUUCUACGGAAAUAUUGGAUGACUCUGAUUGUUUUAUUAUUAUAUAAGGAAAAUGAAAUAAUCCAUUACGCUCUCUCCUGGGUGACUCUGUCCGAGUAUCUGUAUCUGUUCUAUGGGAUUAUAUUAUUAUUAUAUAACGAAAAUGAAAUAAUUCAUUUCACUCUCUCCUGGGUGACUCUGUCCAAGUAUCUGUAUCUGUUCUACGGAAUUAUUUUAUUAUUAUAUAAGGAAAAUGAAAAUGAAAGAAUCCAUCUCGCUCUUUACUAUGUGACUCUGUCUGAGUAUCUGUAUCUGUUCUACGGGAUUAUUUUAUUAUUAUAUAAGGAAAAGGAAAAGGAAAGAAUCCAUCUCGCUCUCUCCUAUGUGACUCUGUCUGAGUAUCUGUCCCUGUUCUAUGGGAUUAUUUUAUUAUUAUAUAACGAAAAUGAAAUAAUCCAUCUCGCUCUCUCCUGUGUGACUCUGUCUGAGUAUCUGUCUCUGUUCUACGGGAAUAUCUGAUGACUCUGAUUGUUUUAUUAUCAUAUAAGGAAAAGGAAAGAAUCCAUCUCGCUCU